AUAGAAUGUAGAUUUUAUCAAAACUAAAACAAAAGUGAACUUAUAGUCUGCAUUUCCAAACAAAAAUUCGAAGGAGUUAAAGCUUAAUUUAGCAUUGAAGUUCGUAUAAUUUUUAUGCUUUCAUUGGCAUAUUUGUCUAAAACGAAAGGAAACUAGAUAUAUAGGACUUCUCAACACGCGCAGGAAUUUAUCACGGUCAAGAUGGAGGCGAUAGCGAAACAUGACUUCAGAGCAACUGCUGAUGAUGAAUUAAGCUUUUCUAAAAAUAAUAUUUUGAAGAUUCUAAGUAUGGACGAUGACCAGAAUUGGUUCAAAGCAGAGCUAGAUGGUAAAGAGGGAUAUGUACCAAAUAACUAUAUAGAAAUGAAACCUCAUCCGUGGUUUGCUGGGAAGAUUCCUCGAUUAGAAGCAGAAAGGCGAUUAUUAGAGAAAGACGGUAGAGGAAACUUCAUACAUCCAGACGGGGCAUUUCUGCUCAGGAACAGUGAGAGUGCUCCAGGAGAAUUCUCAAUAUCAGUAAAGUUUCAAGAAAAUAUCCAGCAUUUUAAAGUAUUAAGGGACGGAGCAGGCAAAUAUUUCCUAUGGGUUGUCAAGUUCAACUCUAUAAACGAACUGAUCGAAUAUCAUCGGAUGUCAUCUGUCAAUCGUGGACAGACCAUUGUACUCAAAGAUAUGGCCACUAACAGGAAAAAGCGAGCAACAGCCCAGUACGAAUUCAAAGCGGAAACAGAAGAGGAGCUGGGAUUCUGUAAAGGUGAUGUGAUUACGAUUUUAGAGGAAGUGGAUAGCAACUGGUGGAAAGGCGAGUUACACGGAAGCGAGGGCCUGUUUCCUGCUGCAUACGUCCGAGUUCUUGACAGCUAAAGUCCCCCCUCCCCCACCCCCCAUAAUCAUGUACUGACUCUUGCAUGUGGAAAAUCAGCUUGAAAUAAUCGUUUGUAAUAUUGUCAUUUUGUAAGGACAAAGUUGCUUUCCCAAUCUCUUCUGGACAGAUAACCAUUGGUCCAAAGUGGCAUAUUGAUGUAUAUGUGAUAAAUAUUGGGGCUCAUGGAAAAUCUAUUUCUGUCAGCCAUAGAGUGCCAGCCUUAUUGCAUAUGCCAGUCUAAGAUCAUGAAUAUCAGGCUUUUCCCCCCAUUAUGUUGAAAGUCUCAGAAAAGGAUCUUCUUUCCAAUCAAGUUAUUUUUUUUCUCUCUAAAGAGAUCAAAUGUGUACAAAUGUAUUUGUAUAAACUUCAUUUUUCAUAGAUACUCAUUGUACAUACAUUAACAUUCUUAGCAGUAUAUGUUGCUUAAUUCAUUAUAUUUGAAAAUUGUAAGAAAAUUCUUUUUGUAAUCAAUGAAUUAUGAAAAUAGGACAGAUUUAAUUGGAUCUUUCCUUGAUUCUCAUGUUUAAGUAGGAACCAGAAAGCCAGAGACUUGAAUCGUAUUAGUUAUAGCAUGAGAUUGGGGCCAGUGUACAUCACUGAUGUUAAUUUAUAAUAGUAUAAGGGACAGAUCUGAUCAUGAGGUAUUUUUUGUACUUUUUUUAAAAAAGAAUUGAAAACAAUGUUCAAUGUUUAGAAUCAAAUAACAUAAGUUCUCUGGCAUAUUAAUAAAAUAUUUUUUAUAAUAAUUUUAUAAUUUUAAUUUAAAAUUUUAUUCCAUGCUUAAUAAUGCCUCCCCUUUCUGUCACUAAUUAUCAGAUGUCCUACAUAUAUUUUUUUAAUGCAUACAAAUAGUAGCUAUGUGUUUUUGAGAAGGGUAGUUUGCAUAAUGACAGGCCAGAUAAGCUGAGAAUGUUCUCCAUACAGUUCAGUUAACCAUUUAAUGUUUAGUCUUAGCUAGCAGGGACUUACUUAAAUAAAAGAGAGCCUUAACUCUCUCAUUGGUUAUUUUGACAUGUUUAUGUUGCUGUUGAUAUAUGGAUAUAUAUAUUUAUAUACUAUAACUACCUUUGUGAUCUUGUUACUUUCACUUUUGAUAUCCAACAUAAAUGCACUUGGCAUCAAGCUGAAAAUGAAACUAGAGCCUCCUUUUUUCUGCAGGUUUGUUUGAUGUAAUUGUUUGUUUGAUAAUGAUUAUUAUGUACUUGUUUCGUAGAUGCUCUAAAUUUCUGUGCUGUUACUCCAAGUACUUCCUUCAGAAUGCUGGUCAUGACUUCUUGCUCUGUAUAAAGUGAUUUAUCUGGAAAUUGGCACUGGUGAUAUAUCACUUAGUUUCUGAGAAACAAUAUAUCCUCUGCCAUGUUUUAUAAAAUGUUAACAAAAUUGUCAAGUAUGUCAUUCAAUAAAUUUUAGCAAUUUUUAAAA